AUAGAAAGGAAGGAAGAACGUCCGGCAUCGUAUCUGAAGUUUCCCAGUACAAAGUAAAAUAACGUUUUAUAGCCACGUUCAUCAAAAUAUCCUCGUUUAAUUACUCUGAUUAUGACGAAAUAAAGACGCCUCUUAGUUGUUGGAUGAAAUUUUGGUGAGGAAAAGCAGCAUGGAAGGGUCCUCGGAGGCGGAACCCCCCCAGAUCAUCCAGAUGACCACCAACGAAAAGGUGGUGGAGCUUCUGAAUCAAGCUGCUCUGACACCUACAGAUGAAAAGCUAACAGUGCUCAAACAGGUCCAGGAGCUUAUCACUAACAAGGACCCAUCUCUUCUUGAUAAUUUUUUGGACGAGAUGAUUGCCUUUCAGACGGACAGGUCCAUUGAAGUUAGGAGGUUUGUCAUUGGCUUCAUAGAAGAAGCAUGCAAAAGAGACAAUGAGCUUCUCAUCAGACUGAUCGCUAACUUGAACAUGUUGCUGAAGGAUGAAAGUGUAAAUGUGGUUAAAAAGGCCAUCCUCACACUCACUCAGCUUUACAAAGUUACUUUACAGUGGUUGGUGCGUUCCAAAAUUGUGUCAGAGAUGCAGGAGGCAUGCUGGGAUAUGGUCACACAGAUGAAAGGGGAUGUUCUGGCCUUGCUGGACUCUGAAAAUGAUGGUGUGCGCACUCAUGCCAUCAAGUUCACAGAAUCAUUAAUUGUGACACUGUCACCUCGGACAGCAGACUCUGACAUCCCCAAACGACAGGAAGGUGACAUCAGCCUGGACAAAGUACCCAAAGAUCACUCCUACAUUCGCUGCGAUGUUUUGUGCGAAGAGGGAACUGCACUGGAAAAAUGCUGCUGAAGUCAUGUCCACCCGGCCAUUUGCAUCAAUCUUACCACAGCACUGGGCUCCUUGGCCACCAUCGCCCGUCAGAGACCCAUCAUGUCAAAAGUGGUGCAAGCAUAUGAGACUUUGCACGCAAAUCUGCCCCCUACUCUGGCCAAGUCUCAAGUCAGCAGUGUCCGAAAGAACCUGAAGCUGCACCUUGUGGCAGUCCUCAAGCAUCCCUGCAGCCUGGAAUUCCACGGUCAAAUCAGCACUCUGCUGCAGAUCUGGGGAUGCCCGAGUGAAAUAAGCAAGUGUACACCUGCUCCACUGAGCAGCGCAAAAGGACUCGCAUAUGAACAAUACACAGAGGGGAGGAAAAGAUCAAGAGUGGAGCCGACCCUGAUAGAAGAUGAUGAAGAGAAAGAGGAGCCAGCACCUAUUUCAGACUCUAAGCCGUCAACUGCUUCAGGCCAGUCUUCAAUUGACCUCACUGCCGAGUUCCUGCCACUGCUCAACUCUGAGAAUGUUGCUAACCUGGUGAGGUUGAUCAGUAUGGUGUACCUGCCUGAUGUCAUGCCAGCAUCCCUCCAGGCCCACGUCUACAUGUUGAGGUCAGCUGGUACUGAUGCUCAAAUCAAGCAUCUGGCCAGGAUGAUGGCCACACAGAUGACUGCUGCUGGAAUUGGUCCAGGAUUAGAGCAGUGCAAAGGCCCAAGAGGUUGAAGUUGCGUUCCCAAAGAGGAAGUCUUUGAUGAGGACAACGCCACCAAGGAUCCGCUCAUCAAGCGCAGAGUACCAGCUGUGAUGAUUGGCCAAGCUAUCUCUGUAUUGGGACAUUAUGGAGAAAGUAAUUCAGGCUACACUGAGGCUCCUGCAGUCAAGAGACUUCCUCAACCCAUCAUUCCUACAAGUCAAACAAAAGUUUUAGGGAGCAGCGGGAGAAAAAAAAUGUUUCGUCUCCCAGAUGUCGUCAAGCCUUUUUCAGAUAGUCAAAUUGAAAUGUUAACAUCCUCCGCAGUCAAACGCAUCCUGCGUUCCGAAAAGACCAUCGCCAAAAGUGGCAUGUCUCAUGUCCGUGUGAAGCUUCUGUCCAGGCUGGUAACUCAGUUUGAAGGAACAAUGAAAGAGGAUGUGCUGAGUUAUAUUCUGGAGGACAUCAGGACGAGAAGUGACCUGGCAUUUUCACUCCUCUACCAAGAGUACAACGCCUACCUCAGCCAGCUGCCAGCCGGACUUCUGGACAGCUACGACCACUGUCUCUACACUCUGCUGUCGGGCCUGCAGGAGAAACCGGAGCAGCGGGACGGACUUUUCACUAAACUCGUAUUAGAAGCUCCUAUUAUCACAGCGUCGGCUUUGGUUGUAAUAAGACGUUACUGUGAGGAUGAGUCACGGGUGUAUUUGGGUAUGAGCACUCUGAAAGAGCUGAUCAUCAAACGUCCCUCAAGACAGUUUCGGUAUCUGCAUGUGCUACUGGAUCUCAGCUCACAUGAGAAGGAGAAGGUGCGCACUACUGCCUUGGGUUUCCUCAAGCGCAUGCAUGAGAAAGACCAGCUGAGGGACUACAUUGAGAAGUUUGCUCUCAACUACAUGCAGCUUCUGGUCCAUCCCAACCCUCCGUCUCUGCUUUUUGGGGCUGACAAAGACACAGAGGUGGCUGCCCGCUGGACUGAAGAGACGGUGAGACAGUGUCUUUUCCUCUACCUGUCCCUCCUGCCACUGAACCACCGUCUUGUCCAUGAGCUGGCUUCAGUUUACACCGAGGCCAUCGCUGACAUCAAGCGCAGUGUGCUUCGAGCAAUAGAACAGCCUAUUCGUGGUAUGGGCAUGAACUCUCCUGAGUUACUCCUCUUGGUUGAAAACUGCCCAAAAGGAGCAGAGACUCUGGUAACUCGCUGUCUGCACAUUUUGACAGAUAAAGUGCCUCCGUCUCCAGAGCUGGUGGAGAGAGUACAAGAUCUUUACCACAAACGAGUUCCAGAUGUUCGCUUCCUGAUUCCAGUCAUAAAUGGACUCGAAAAGUGAAGUCAUCAGGCUCUGCCCAAGCUGAUCAAACUCAACCCAAUUGUUGUGAAGGAGGUUUUUAAUCGUCUCUUGGGAACCCAGCACAGUGAGGGGAGUUCCUCCAUGUCUCCUCUCACUCCAGGAGACCUGCUCGUUGCUCUACACAACAUCGAUUCUGACAAAUGUGAUAUGAAGUCUAUCAUUAAAGCUACCAACCUGUGCUUUGCAGAGAAGAACGUGUACACGUCUGAGGUGUUGGCUGUGGUGAUGCAGCAGCUGAUGGAGCAGAGUCCUCUCCCCAUGCUGCUCAUGAGAACGGUCAUUCAGUCUCUCACCAUGUAUCCUCGCCUGGGCGGCUUCGUCAUGAACGUCCUGUCCCGUCUCAUCGUCAAGCAGGUGUGGAAGUAUCCCAAAGUGUGGGAGGGGUUUGUGAAGUGCUGUCAGCGGACGAAGCCUCAGUCGUACAGCGUGCUGCUGCAGCUGCCGCCUGCACAGUUAUCGAGUGUGUUUGAACGCUGCCCAGAGAUGAGAGAACUUCUACUGCAGCACGUCCACUCUUUCACACCUAAUCAGCAAGCCCACAUAUCUGCUUCCAUCAUGUCGGUCCUGGAAGUCAACACGAAACCAGAGCCAAAGUCUAUAGAGUCUGUUGUGAAGAGAGAGAUGGUAGCAGCUGCCUCAGUGGUGGAGGAGAGUCCUGUGGUCAUGCUGAGGGAGCCUGAGCCUCCACAGCGGCAGGUGUCAGCCGUUACACAAGACGAGGAAGAACCCAUGGAGCAACAAGGAGCAGACUCUGAGAGACAGGAGGAAACUGUUAAUGAGCAGGUGGAGUUAAAACCAGCAGAAGAGUCUGUGUCACCAGAACCAGAACCAGCUGAAGAGCCCAUAAAGUCGUGUCAGUCUGAAGCUUCAGACAGAAAUGAACCAGUAAACGAGGACAUCGACGCUGCAGGGCCUGAAGAAGAAGCAGAAGAAGAAACCUGCAAAAAAGAUGCAAAAUAACAGACUCUCAGACAAAUGCACCCAGAAGAAUGUGUUCUCCAAACAUCCCACAUUUAUCUAAUUACAAAAACAACUGUUUUAUUAUUUUGUAUUUGUAGAAAUGUGUUUGUGUUGUAAAAGCAUUCUGAAUGUCUCCAUGUCAUGAUAUGUGGCAAAUCAAUAAAGAAGACAAAUACCGAAGUCACCGAGGUGG